AUGGUCAGGUUCCUGACGUUUGGCGCCGCAGCCGUCCUCGGCGCUGCUUUCCACACCCACACCUGCUCCCAGCGCAUGGCGGCCGAGUGCGCCGCGAAGAAGGAGGCCUUUACGACCAAGUUCAAGCCUUUUGUGCUGGGCGAGGUGCUCAACCUCGCUGAGGAUGUCGCAAUCUUCCGCUUUCUGCUGGACGACCCGAGCGACGUCUUCGACCUCGUGCCGUGCAGCACGCUGCAAGCACACUUCAAGGAGGGCGCGAACAUGGUGGAUCAGCCGAUGCGCUUCUACACGCCGAUCACGUCGAACGGGACGAAGGGCUACUUUGACCUUCUCGUCAAGAAGCAGCGGCCAGGCCGCUUCACCGAGCACCUCUUCUCCAUGGAUGUGGGCGAGUCGCUGCUGUUCCGUGCCGUGCAGUACAAGCUGACGUACAAGAAGAAUCGCUGGACCGAUGUAGGCAUGAUCUGCGGCGGCACAGGCAUCUGCCCUAUUCUGCAGUUCAUGAACGCCUCUCUGGACACGGAGGGCGAUUCGACGAAGCUUAGCAUGCUCUUUGCCAACCGCUCAGAGAACAAGAUCUUGCUCAAGGGCUUGCUUGAUGAAAAGGCCCGCGAGCACAAGGAUCGACUGAAGAUCUUCUACACGGUGGACAACUUUGACGAUCCGAGCAUGAUCGCGAACCCGGUGUACAAGAAGGGCACUCCCUUGACGGUGGACGUCGCGAGCCAGCCGAGUACGAGCCCCGAUGGCAGAAAGUACUUCCAAGGCUUUCUGGGGUACAUUGAUGUGCCGAUGUUGCAGGCGACGAUGCCAAAGCCAUCGCCGUCGACGCUGCUUCUCGUCUGCGGGCCCGACCCGAUGAUGGUGAAGGUGGUCGGUUCAGCGCCGAUGGUGCUGCGUGCCAUGUCCGGUGGCCUCGCGUACCAGCCCUCAGGUGCGGUGCUGAACAACGCCGCGGAUGUCUCCGGCUUCCUCGGCACCCUGGGCUACCAGAAGGAGAUGGUCUACCGCUUCUGA